CGUCUCCAGUUCCCUUUUGAAAGUGAAAGAAAAAGAGGAGAAAUAACACCCAGACUUGUCUGCCCCACGAUUUGUUUUACCAAAAAAAAAAAAAGUGAAUUCUUUUGCAGCGUUUCAGCGACCUUCAAGAAAGCGCUUUCUUCGUUGGAUCCGCAGCGACAAUAAUGCGUUUCAGCGACCUUCAAGAAAGCGCUUUCUUCGUUGGAUCCGCAGCGACAAUAAUGGUGAGCGAAAACAUAUACAUUUUUAUUUAAUUGUUUGAAAAAAAGAUGAAAAGCAUAAUGAUUUCGUGGUGCAGUACAAAAUCGCGAGGAAAGCUAUUAAGGGAGUAAAAGAAAAGCAAAGAGAAUAUAGAUUUAAGAAAAAAAAAUAAAAAAAAAGGUAAUUUUUUUUAACUUUCAAAAGGAAGAUAGAAAGAAAUGGAAGAAAAAGUAUAACUAAAACUAUUGAGUGGAAUUCGAGUGGGAAGAGACAAAGUGACUCGAGUCACCCUGCAUUCUGGUAGGCGAAUAUCGUAAAUGGUCAGGUUCUUAGCUAACUAAAUUAAUUUUUUUGCCUCCUCCGUAAAGAUAUAUUUAUUUUUGUUAAAUCAAAUACCUUAGGUAAUCAAGAGCUAAAUUAAAUCAGAACAUCACAUUAUUAUUAAGAUCUGCACCCAAAUCAUAAUUUAUAUUGUCUAUUAUACCUUAUGUUACAUUUUAUAAUUUUUGCUAUUUGUCUCUUAUUAAUAUAUGUGUGUAUCUAUUAAGAAAUCAUGAAGUGCUCCCAAACGUUAGCUUACUGUUUUUCUAGUCGAUGAAUAAAAUUUUAUAAUGUUUUAAAUUUUAAUGUUUGUCCUUGGCGUACGAUGCCUUAAUUAACCAAUGCCGCAAGGGGCUGUUCCGGGAGUGAAGGGAAGGGGGAACGGCCGAUGGAAGGGUGGGCAAAGCCAGCCUCAUUAACAGCAGAGGUGGAGAUGCGGUAGUAUAUCGAGUUAAGUGCCUGGCCUCUCUUGGCCAACUGCAAUAGCCCAAAAAUGUAGGAUGUGUUCGAAGUAGUUUUUUUUUUGCUUGUCGCAGCACGCAAAUUGAAUUUGUUAAUAAUUAGUUAGGCCGCCUUGAUUUCUGAGCAAGAACAACACCCCCAAUUGCUGACGAGCCAGAGCCGAGGUAGACAUUGUUUAUUUGAGUUUUUAGAGUUUAUCUUUCAGCCGCAUAGGAUUCAUAGGCCCACAGUUUUUUUUUCAACAGUUUGCCUAGCCACGUCUGUAGUAAAACACUAAAUACUCAUUCCGAAAAAAAAAGAGUAGAAUCAGUCACUUGUCGAACGCUUGGAUACACUUUUAAAAAACUUAAAAAAAAAAAAAAAAAAAACAAAUUUAAGUCAAGUGGCCACGUUCAUGAAGAAACUGGUAUACUUUAAGUGAUUGUAAAGGGUGCGUGGACGAAAUUGCUUGGAUAACAGUUAGAGCGACCGCUCGCUGACCACAAUCGCUAUCGUUGUUGUUGUCGUUUGACUACAGAUAAACGCAGUCCGUACGCAUGCCCAAGACAAAACCGUUGUUGUUUUUUCUCGUUUUUUGUUCUUUAUGCACUGGACUUGGUUUAUGUUUCAAUUUGGUUUUUUAGGGAUUAGUCACGCUAGAGGCAAAUUAAUAUUGUUUCCGAAUUUGUUUAUAUUGAAUUAUAUUAUAUUUCGUUCCGGUUUUUAUUUUUGAGCAAAAUUCUUUUAAUUCUCACUUGCUCCUCACUUUUAUUCAAUGUUCUCGCCGCGAAGUCUGCAUACAUACUAAAUAAGCUUUAAGCAGAGAAUUUGAGAGCAAAGCGAAAAGAGUUCGAUCAGCUGUUCGACCACUGAGGGCAUUGAACUUUAGGUAGAUAAAACGAAAGGAGAGAAUUAAAAGCAAUUGGCAGAGACUGUUUUUGUUAGGGUAGGUUAGUUAUUAAAAUAUUUUUUGCGUAUAAUUAUAUAUAGUUAAUUAUUAUUUAUCUUUAAAACUAUAUUUAAGUAUUUAAUGAAAAUGGGUGAUGAGGAAGAUGUUCCCGAGACCCCAGUAGCGAUUUGCGCGCUCUGCGGAAAAACUUUAACCGUAACCACCACGUUUAGAACCAAAUGCAUGCACGAAUUUCAUAAAGCCUGUAUUUUAGCGCAUUCUAAAAAGAAAACCACAUGCCCAUCUUGCAAUGUUGUUUGUUUUGAAAAACCUCCGCCUCCAAAUACAAGGGGGCAAACUCGAUCAAACCAAGAGAGUUCACCAGCUCCGUCUGCGUCUGGUCAAAUACAAGAAAGUAACGCAGUGCAGUCGGAAGUAAUAGCGAAUGCCGUAUCUCGAGCAGUUCGAGCAAUGCAGAAUGAUUUAUUAGCUCAACUGUCGGCGCAAAUGGCUCAAUUAAUUCAAACAAAUAUUUCUGAGCAUUUGCGGCCGCUUAAUGAAAACCUGUCUCAAAGAGGGGGGCUUGUAGGUGCUGGUAAUGCGUCUCCUUUUGGUCUAGGGAAUAUCGAUUUGGAUGCUGGUCCUGGUCCCGGGUCUGCACACGGAUCCCAUAGAAGCGGAGUUUCCGAGCUAUCGCAAAGGCCUGAUAAGGUUGCUCAUAUUAUGAAUGGGUGGAAAAUUCGCUUCAGUGGAAACGAAGACGGACUUAAUAUUGAUAAUUUUAUCUAUAGAGUCGAAGCUCUUACUCGACAGACCCUGGCAUCGGAUUUCAACACACUUUGUGGUAACGCAAGCAUUCUGUUCGAGGGUAAAGCCCGAGACUUUUAUUGGCGGUUCCACAAGACGGCUCCAAUGCCAUGGGGUUGGGAUUUUCUUUGCCAAGCUUUGAGGAAACAGUUUAGGGAUACUCGAAGCGACGUUGACAUUCGGGAGGCAAUUCGCGAUCGAAAGCAAAAGGAGAGAGAGAAUUUCGACAGUUUUUAUGAAGCCAUUAUGCAGAUGAUGGAUGGCUUAGAGGUGCCUAUAGACGAGUAUACUGUGGUUGAGAUUCUCAAGAGGAAUUUGAGACCCGAAAUAAGGCACGAGAUUUUGAAUUUAUCCAUUCAUUCUGUAGAUCGGUUAAGGGAUAUUUGUCGCCGUCGUGAAAGCUUUCUGGAUGAGGUCAGGAAAAAUCAGGGCUAUCAAAAGACAGUUCCUUUUCGCAAGCAAGUGGCGGAGUUAGUCGAGGAAAUGCAGUUGGAUGAGCCUGUAGAAUUUUCAGAUGUCGACGAUGAAGAAGAAAUCGGCGCUCUAGCAUUAAUAUGUUGGAAUUGCCAUAAAGAGGGUCACCGAUACCAAGACUGCGAGGAUAAGAGAAGGAUCUUUUGCUAUGGCUGUGGGGCGAAAAAUAUUUUUAAGCCUUCCUGUGUUCGAUGCCAAAAAAACGUGAAAAAGGGCACGCAGUACCGCCAGCAACUGGGUGCUCCGAAAAACAAAAGCACGAAUACAGAGCUCAGCCAAUAG